CUUCUCUUCCUCCUCCUCCUCCUCCUGGGCUGCACAGUCUCCGCCUCAGACAUGGGCAUGAAAUAAAGACGGCAAAGACUGCAAUGGAAAAAGUACCUGAACAUCCUCUGUUGGCGUCUAAAGUUGGAUGUGUGGCACGUGGAACGCUCUGGUUGUUUGUGCCUCGCUUGUAAACAUUGUGCAGCACGCCUGCCUCACCAUAGACGCCGUGCCAGACUCCACCCGCUCGACGUGAGCCACCUUUUUCCAUUGAUGCUACUCGUGAGCUGUUCAUCAUGGGAUGCGGCGCCUCGAUUGCCAUAGAGACGCAAGUGACAAGGGUGACAGAUGAAGCAAAGACACCCAAUCCAGCACUAACUAUGAAGGCAGCUGUGCUGAUCCAGCGCUGGUACCGCCGCUACAUGGCCCGCCUGGAAAUGAGGCGAAGGUACACAUGGAACAUCUUCCAAUCCAUCGAAUACGCCGGUGAACAAGAUCAGCUCCAGGCGAGUCUCCAGGACAGGAAAUACUGUGAGAUGUCAGUAAAAUGCCCUGUAAUCCACACCUCGCUGCUAGCUUUUUGUUUGAUGGUGUUUUCCUCAGCUGUCCGGUUUCUUCAGCUUCAUGCUCGACAACUUCACUCCGCUGAAUGGGAACGGGCCAGAUCUGAUUUCCCAGCUUCUGGAGCCCGUGAUUGACCCCUGGUUGGACCGAGAGGCCUGCUACGAUUCCAUCCACGUUCCAGAGUCAUACGUCGGACCGCGGCUGUCGUUUCCCCUCUCCGUGUCAGACACAAAUGCUCUUCUCAGUGCCUUUAAGGAGCAGCAGACUCUCCACGCCAGAUAUGUGCUGCAGCUACUGUAUGAGACCAAGAAGCUCCUCAAACAGAUGCCCAACAUCAUCCACCUUUCCACAUCUUACACCAAGGAGAUCACAAUAUGUGGUGAUCUUCAUGGGCGACUUGAUGACUUGCUUCUUAUUUUUUAUAAGAACGGCCUCCCCUCUGCUGAGACGCCAUAUGUGUUUAACGGAGACUUUGUGGACCGGGGGAAAAAGUCCAUCGAGGUGGUAAUUCUCCUAUUUGCUUACCUUCUACUUUACCCCGACUACAUGCAUCUGAACCGAGGAAACCACGAGGACCACAUCAUGAACCUCAGAUAUGGGUUCACGAAAGAGGUCAUGCAGAAGUACAAGGCUAAUGGUUGUGAGAUCCUGCAGCUUUUUCAGGACGUCUUCAGUUUUCUGCCCAUUGCCACAGUGAUAGACGGGAAGGUCCUAAUUGUUCAUGGGGGCAUAUCAGACCAGACUGACCUUGACUUCCUCAGUGUCAUUGACCGACACAAGGUUAAAUCUGCGCUGAGGCUUCCCAGACGCAGUUUGGAGCAGCUGGACAUCGGUCGGUCGAACAAACAGAUGAAAAGAAUGAGAUCCACAGACACUUCUCGCAGUCACUCCAAAAACCAAAGAACCCCAAACAUGAGGAGGUGCUCCAGACUGAGCCAGCAAGACAGCUUUGCUUCCAUGUCUUCCUCCUCUUCCUCAUCCUCUUCAUCGUCUUCCUCACUCUGCUCACCACACCCACCAUUGUGCUUUUCACCUCAUCCGUGCCCGUCGUCUCCCAAUAUGCCACACAACAUAAACAUCCUCCAAGUGCCUUUCCUGGAUUCUGCAACCUCCAUUCCGCCUCCUUUGCCUCCACAAAAUGAGCAGGAAUGGAAACAGAUUGUGGAUAUACUGUGGAGUGACCCCAAAACCCAAGAAGGCUGCAGCCCAAACACAUUCAGAGGUGGCGGAUGCUACUUUGGCCCUGACGUCACGCGGAGACUGCUGCUCCAACAUGGCCUGCAGCUGAUCAUCAGAUCCCACGAGUGUAAACAGGAAGGUUAUGAGCUGUGUCACAGCGGCCAGGUCAUCACCAUUUUCUCUGCUUCCAACUAUUAUGAGGAGGGAAGCAACCGAGGGGCCUAUAUCAAACUGGGGAGAGAACUGGUUCCACGCUUCUACCAGUACCAAGUCAGCCGCUCAACACGCAAACUCACAUUGACUCAAAGAGUGCGAGCUGCUGAGGGUUCAGCUCUCAGGGCCCUAAAAGAAAAAGUGUUUGCACAUCGUUCUGACCUCAUUGCAGGCUUCCAGAAGUGCGACCAGAAUAAUACCGGUAGGGUGACGGUCAGCGAAUGGGCUCAGGUAUUGGGUUCUGUGCUGAAGCUGGACCUGCCUUGGAGGACCCUCUGUUCUCAUUUAGCUCACCUGGCACCAGACGGCUGUGUGGACUAUCAAUCCUGCUUUGAGGACAUGGGGGCAAGGAUUCAGCUGCCUCAGGUCACACCUAACCUGGCAGAAACUUUGUUUCGAUACAGGACAGACAUUGAGAUCAUAUUCAACAUAAUAGACAAAGACCAUUCAGGUCUUAUUUCUAUCGAAGAGUUCCGUCACACGUGGCGUCUCUUCAGCGCACACUUGGGGGUGGACAUCACCAACGGAGCCAUUGAUGACCUGGCUCGAAGCAUCGACUUCAACAAGGACGGCAGCAUAGACUUCACAGAGUUCCUGGAGGCCUUUAGAGUUGUGCAUAAGCUCGACAACAAAGAUCAGCCACUCAAGACAAGUGGAGAGUAGGCGCCAGAACUUUUGUGAAUGGAUGGCGGAUCCUGAGACCUAGAAAUGAAUUCUGGAUUCUAAUGUGAUUCUGCCGUUUUUAUUAUUAUUUAUACUGCAAUGUAAAGAUGCACUACUCACAAAACAUUUUCUGGGUGAAAUUUUAAGUUGAACCUACAAUGCACUACAGUACAACCAAGACUUUUGGUUGUACCAAACAUUCAAGAGUAUUCUAAAGUUUAGAUAAGGUCAAAUGAAGCUCACCUGCAAAUAUUAUUGGCCAUUUAAGGUUCAUCCUGAAAUUUCACCCGAAAGCCCACGAUCCCAAAAUGAUUGUGAGUAGUUUAUACUCCAACUUAGAAAUGGGGGUAGGGGUGUAGAGCUCACAUAAUUGGGCUGGGAACAACGAAAUAUGUCCGAUCCUGAUAUUUCCUGAAACUUUGGAUCAACAUGCAUAGCUCUGCCUUUAAAAGCAGUUGGGAUGCAGUGUCAACCUGUUGGGUUUACACAGGUAGUUAUAAUUCAGCAUAUUCUGUUCAAUGUGUGUACUUGAUCACUUU